AAUACACCGACAAUUGACCGACAUGAGUGAAUGUUGUGUGUUUUGAUAAAAUUCAGCAGUUCUUCAGUUUUCGCAAAUUUUAAUUACAUCUAAUGCUUGCAGUUCAGUGAAAAGUGGCUUCCAGUUAUUGUUAACCAUCUCAUUUCAAGUUCAUCAUUUAAGAAAUUAAUCCUUAUCCGUAGCUGAAAAUGGCAGCAGAAAUUCCAGGAGUGUUUGAGAGCAGUCUACAAGACUUCGUGAAGAAAUCCAAAGUCCUUGUCGUCGGAGCCGGUGGUAUCGGUUGUGAAAUUCUCAAAAAUCUUGUUCUCACUGGCUUUAGUGACAUCGAAAUCAUUGAUCUAGAUACUAUUGAUGUCAGCAACUUAAAUCGGCAGUUCUUAUUCCAAAAGCAACAUGUCGGAAAAUCUAAGGCUGUGGUAGCAAGAGAAAGUGCUCUUAAAUUCAACCCAUCAGUUUCAAUCAAAGCAUACCAUGCCAGUAUUAUAAGCCCUGACUUUGGAGUCUCUUUUUUCAAACAAUUCCAAGUCGUUCUCAAUGCACUAGACAAUCGCGCAGCACGGAAUCAUGUGAACAGAAUGUGUCUAGCUGCAGACGUUCCACUUCUUGAGUCAGGCACAGCCGGAUAUGAAGGUCAAGUUGAACUAAUCAAAAAAGGAAUGACCAAGUGUUAUGAAUGUGAUCUCAAGACAGCCUCCAAAACAUAUCCUGGUUGUACUAUCAGAAAUACCCCUUCAGAGCCAAUUCACUGCAUUGUUUGGGCCAAACAUUUGUUCAAUCAGCUGUUUGGAGAGGAUGAUCCUGACGAAGAUGUCUCCCCUGACACCGCAGAUCCGGAAGCAUCAGGGAAAGCAGGAGAUACUGCUCUGAACACAGAGGCCAACGACACUGGCAACGUCAUCCGGGUCUCCACACGAACAUGGGCUCAGUCUUGCAAUUAUGAUCCUCAAAAAUUGUUUGAUAAAUUAUUCCAUGAUGACAUCAAGUAUCUUUUGAGCAUGAGUAACUUAUGGAAAACUCGCAGACCCCCAACACCUCUUGUUUCAACUGAACUUCCUGAUGCAGCCGCUGGAAGUAGUAAAGAGGAAGAUUCAGGAUUGAAAGACCAAAGAUGUUGGAGUAUUGCAGAAUGCUAUACUGUUUUUGCAAAUAGUUGUAAGCAGCUCAGAGAACAGUUCGCUUUGUUAAAAGAAGGCGAUCAUCUAGUUUGGGACAAAGAUGACAAGUAUGCGAUGGAUUUUGUGGCAGCUUGUGCCAAUAUUCGAGCACACAUCUUCGGGAUUACCCAAAACAGCCGGUUCCAGAUUAAAUCAAUGGCAGGUAACAUCAUUCCUGCUAUCGCCACCACAAAUGCAGUUAUUGCUGGGCUAGUUGUCCUUCAUGCCCUCAGAAUCCUAGAAAACAAAUUGGAAACUUGUGUACCAGUUUAUUUACGACUGAAGCCAAACCACAAAGGACAUGUCAUAGUUCCAGAAAAAGUUUUUGAAUCUCCAAACCCCAAGUGUUAUGUGUGCUCUGCUAAGAGAGAGGUUAUUGUUAAAAUAGAUAUCGAAAGAAUGACUGUCAAACAGUUUGAAGAAAUAGUCCUGAAAAAAGCAUUGAACAUGCAUGCACCUGAUGUCACUCUUGAUGGCCAAGGGGUUGUGCUCAUCUCAAGUGAAGAAGGUGAAACAACAUCAAACAAUGCAAAAACACUCAAGGAACUUGGUUUGCAAGACGGAAGUGUCAUAGUUGCAGAUGACUUUUUACAAGACUAUGAGCUGAGGAUCAGUAUCGUUCACAAAGCCUAUGUCAAAGAUCAGCCCGAGUAUGAGGUCAUUGCUGCCGCUGAAGAUCUGGUUCCUAAACCUAUUCAAGAGGAAGAAAAGAAGAAUGGUUCUAAAAAUGAAGAUGAUAAUGUGAUGCAAGUUGAUUUGGAGAAUGAAACCAAUGACGUACGGAAGAGGAAAUCUGACAGUGAUGAAAUCCCUACGAAGAAAGCCAAAGUGGAUAAUCAGGAUAACGGUUAUGCUGAUGACAUCAUUGUGCUGUGAAAUCCAUCAGCCAGUAUUACAUGUUUUCUCAGUGCGGAAAUUAGCUCUGUAUUCAUUUAUUGUAAGUUUAAUUUAAAUGUUCCAAAAAUCUGAAUUUUGUAUGUAAUUUCAUGAAAAUUGUAAACGCACUUUUUAAUGAGCGAGGGAUAAGGCUCGCCGUUUGAAUUGUGAACUGUAUUUUAUGCCACCCUGUUAUAUUUUUUUACUGCCUUGCUACAUUCAAAGUUGUCCUGAAUGUGUUUGAAAAUGAAGCGAGCAGCAGGUAAGUGAUACAUUUAAGCUCAUGUUUUGAGAGUAAAUGAAGAAAGAUAUUUUCAAAACGUAAAAAUUCCUGCAGAAAAUGCUUUCUCUUUUGUAAAUGUGCAUUUUUUUUUAAUAGAACGUAUGUUUCAACUUCACAGCAUUCUUAAAUUUUCUCCACGUUUCUCCAAAACUAUAGAAGAACAAAAAUAAAAAGAAACGUAUCACUGUAACCAACGUACGUCCAAAAGACUAAAUGAAGAAAAGCCUGUGUAAGCAUGUGUAAGCAAAAUCUGGCAGGAUCAAAUCUAGUCCUUGCCUUAGCUAUCAAUGUAAGAUACGCUAAAUUUCAAAUAGUUACAGUGAUUCAGCUCUAUGUCCAUUCUUUUUUUUUUUUUUCAUCCCACCAUGAGUCUGUCUAAUUUUUCUGUUCUUAGAGAGGAACUUAAAAUCCUUUCAGAUUUGAUGUAUGACGUUCUCAGUCACAUAUAUGUUGUUUGGUUAAAAGUAAAAAUAAGAAUUUUUCCUAUUUGGGUGCAAACUAUAAAUUAAAAUACAGUACUUAGACUUUUUCCAAAUGGUGUUAAAAUUUUAAAAUUCAAAACAAUUUUGAAUAUGCAAGACUGCACGUGAGUAUUGCAAAUUUUAAAAUGUUAUAAUCGUACUACAAAUCCUCUGCAACAGAAUCUUAUAGCUUUCCAUCCAUGGCCUUAACAUAGCUCUAGCUGUUGACUGCAUUCGUUAACUUACAUCUACAGCUCUCCAAUGCUUUAACACAUUAGCUUAAAAGUUCCUGUUCUAUCUCAGCCGUUGUUUAAAUUGAUAGGUAUCAUAUGGAUAAAGGAAGAAAUAUGACUUUUCGGUCCCCUAAUUGUGUAUGAACAUCAUGAAGAAGUACAUUUACAGUGCGAGAAAAUGUAAGGCCAAGGAUCCAAGUUUUUCAGAACCAACAGACUCAUAAAUAGCUGAAGGCGCCUAAUUUCAGAAUCUUCAUGAAAUAUCUUCAGCCUCUCUUAUAAUCUAAGCUCUGCUUUGUCUCUUUCUUACCACUUGAUACGUAUUGUAUGUAAAGCGUUUGGGCUUUAGCAAAGAAAGAGCCUCUUCUUAUACACCUUGAAUCUCAAGCUCAGAGGUGAAGUGAUCAUAGUUAAUUUAUUUUAUUUAGCUGUAACUGAUGGUGAAAAAACGAAUUUUUUUUUCUUUAAAAAAAAAAAAUCUUAAUUUUUGAGGGAUAUGAGUAAGGUUUCUAAGGUCUCCACCCCUGCAGAUUCUAAUUUCUGAUCAGUUACCUCAAAGUACACAAAUUUAAGAAUAUACUGUCUCAACUGUCCAGAGAUGAGCUUUGGUAUCCCGUUAAAAAUUUGAAUUUAUUUUCUUUCUUAUCAGCAUUCACCUACUUUUUCUUUGUCAUUUUAUUUUUACCUGUGAAAUUUUUUGAAUGUCAAAAUUGUUUUAUCAGUUGCACCACCUAGUUUUAAUUUUUUUCCAACAGCCACUAACUAGGCUUAAUUUUCCUUCUUGUUAUCGAUUUCUCACCUUUUGAAGUAAGACCAGAAUGUGAACUGCUCCUAAUUAAAUACAUAAGUUUUCAUCUGCCAAA